CUUCCUCAAAUGCUUGAAAGCGAAGAUCUUCCUUUCGUUCAAAGCGGCCUCAUCUGUAUGUCUGUUCAGAAGAUCUCGCGCUGGUUUUUGUCUCUGACGUUUGACGCACAUUUUUGAAGGCUCCUCGAGCUUGAUACAAGGACCUCGAUCGCGUUCAGAAAAAUUGAAUAAGAUGACCUACACCUACGCAGAGCCGCGAUAUCAACUGAGCGACGUGCCUUUCGCGGGACGAGUCGUCUUAUCAACUGCAAAUGUGUCGGAAGUACGAGGACACACCGGCGCAACUAUUGCAUGCAGUUUCGCGAGGACCAAAGAUGAAUCUGAAUGUUGUUUCUCAUUCAGAGAAAAUAGGCAUGAUUCAAAAAGACAACGACAGCCACGUGGGGAGAUACUGACAUGUGUGCACGUCGAACAGGGCACGUUUGCACUUGAUAAAACGCAUGGAAGAAUAACUACGGCUGGAUUGAUAUCGCGGGAAAAAAGCAGUCCCUUACCAAGACCCAAGUACUUACUGGUUCGGCAGAAAUUUAUAGACGCAAAAACGUUUUUUAGUUUUCUUUUGUCAUGUCGCAGAGUUGGAUCUCUUAUGUUGUUUCCAGCUCUAGAAAUUUGUAUGUUUCACGUUCUAUAGUUGUAACGGAUCAGCAGUAGCUCAUCUAGCGAUCAUGCCCGUGUUCCGGAUCAUUGUGCCCUUCGGUGCACAUGCUUCAUUAAAACAAAGCGUUGGACUUGCGUUGCAAAACCUCGUUUCAACUAAAGGGGAACUGUUGAUGCUGUAAGUGAGGGAUGGGUUUUUCUUGGCGAUAAUUGAGUCACUGGAGCCCAUCGACCAUCCGGAGCUCGACCGACAUCAGGGUAAGGUGCUAUCGAUUUCUGCACGUGGUUCUACUUCUGAUGUAAUGAUGAUAAGAGAAACGGCAAGAAUUGCAGUUUUUAUGCCUGAGACCUGCAAUGAUGAGAAAAAGGAAAGUGCGUCAGUUGAAAGCGGCUGGUUGUUUUCUGCGAUCCUUGUGUAGAUGUUGAGAUUCGCAUUCGCAGCAGCGAAUCAAUAACAUAAGAAAUGUUACCAAUUCUUCUGCCACCAGGACGAGUUUUCUGCCAUGCUGAUGACAUCGUUGGGGCGCAGAGGAAAAGCUUGCGGGUUGGAGUUAUCUGCGAAUUCUUUCUGUAUCAGGAUUCCCAGGGACUCGGCGCUUCAAACGUCGUAGCGAGGCAGGUAAUUCAUUGUUAAAAAAAAAAAAUGAUUCUGUUUUGGUUGAAUUCUCGUAGCGGACUUUGUUUUUCUUGGUCUUGUGCUUUUCCCUCGAUGGCCUGAUGUGUGGUUCAGGGAUAUAAUAUCAUGCAAAAUCAACAACGCCAGGUGGUGCGGCUCCUGCUCCCAAUCGCAGAGGGUAAACGAAUUUUUUCGGAAGACGGAGCGAAAGUACCAGAAUACGUAUCAAAUGUAAAAAUGUCUGGGUCUGGAAGAGUGUAGACUUGUCAUGCAGCUUUUCCAUAACCCAUGAGGUCUGAAAUGCGGGACUUAGCAUGACAGACUCUGCGAGGUCUCUGGUAUGCCUGUUCUGCAUGAGAAACUCCGUUCCAACUUGGUCAAAAGUGGACAGCUUUUGGCACUCAUGCAACACAGUUUUUUGCAUGCUUCAGAUUUACCAUGACAAGUUGCAAUCUCCCAGACCCAGACACUUUUGCAUUUGAUAAUGCGAAGACCGCCACAAUGUCAGCGUACGGGCUUUCGAGUGGUAAGUGUAUUUUUAACGUCAUUUCAAAUACAACUAGCGCGGAUAAGGAAUCUAUCAUUCAUGAUGGAUGAUGAGUGUACUUUUGAUCUUGAAGCCGAAUCGCGCUGCGGUGCGGUGCGCAUGUUUUGCGUGUUUGGUCCUCGAGAGCAUUCAGUUCCUCUGGGUCUGUGCUACACUGCGUGCCAAUAUACGACACUGGGCGUGUAUUUGCAGGUACAACUCGGAUGGCACACUGGGAGUACUGCCUUUCUUGAUGGAGUUUUGGGGUAGACCAGAGGGCAUCGUGUCAGCUAUCCGGGAACUGCGCAACUUAACAACGGCGAAUCUGGAUUUUCUAGUGCCCCAAUCGCGAUUACAGCUGCUCGACCUGGCCAAACUGCAUCGGGUUAGCGGCUGCGUGAUCCAAAUGUCGAAUCUCACAGCCAUCGACGAUCCGAUGCCCUGCUACCCGCUGACCUGCCAGGGAACCGACGAAGGGUUAUGGAUGGGGACACACGGUUGAUCCUUCCGAGCUCUGGCGGCGGCGGCCCAAUUAGACUUCUAGUUUCGGCAUAUUUUUUGUCAUGGUACAAGCAACACUGAAAGUGUCGCCGUCGGAUACUAAUGGUUGUCGUGUCUCGCGAGAAUGCAGCAUGAGGGAACGCGUGGUCUCGCUGUUAGGGGCACGACGCUGGCAUUUGCAUUAUUUUCCGGUCUAGAAAAGAAAAAACAAAAACAAAAAGCAGCGCCUGCGAAUAGUUGGGUGGUUGUCGGGCUCCGAUAUCAUCCAUUUCCCCUCCAUAAGCCCUGGGAAAGGCCGUUCUUGCGCUCAUCGACCAAAUCUGCGAUCAAAGCUAAGAUAGUCUCUCUGUAUCUAUCUUCAUGUGGCUUGACAACAAAGAACAAGUUCUACCAAUGCCUUUUUGUUUUUGAGAAUGCUUGCGGCGUCACCGAAAUUAAUGCACCAUUACGAUGUCGGCGUUGCGCUUCUGUUUGUACUCCACCAAGUUUGCCAUCUUCAAGAGUGCAUUUCUUUUUUCUAAUAGGACACGACGUGCAACAAGGUUUGUGCGACUUUUCACCAUCCUCUUUGGAAUCCGAACGAGGGCUCAUCCCCUGAGCCGGCGAGAAGUUCGCUCGACAUCUUCGUGUCACAUCUCUCUGAAACCCGACUUUUCUGCAAAAUCACAUUUGUUUCACAUACAACAGGACGCGCAUCUAAUGAGUGCGGACCUUCGAUUGCGA